AUGCUUGAUCAACGCCACCCUGUCACCCCCACCAAUUACCUCUUAACACCAGCUAUCCACGGAUGCUUCAAAAUAUCAUCAGCAGUGAUUCGCCUCUUUAGGUCCAAAUCCAAAAACUGCGACGCCUCAGCAGGCACCCAACCAGGCAACUCCAGCACCUUCAUCUCAGACGAGAUGCACCUCACAAUCCGCUUCGUCUCCAAGUACUUCGCCCCCCUCGGCGCGUACGAGCGCAACGUCCACAUCCCGUCAACCGCCACCGGCCGCUUCACCAGGUUCGAGACCAACGCCAAGAAGCGCGGAAAGGACUAG